UGCUAUUCAAAAGAAACUCGAACAAAACAGAACCUUUCAUACUGAAAGGAAAACAGAAAAUCUUCAAGAACAGCUUGCUCGUCUUUGCUUUUCCCUUUGCUUAGAAGAGCAAAAGAGGCUCCUUGCUGAUGAAUUACUUGAAGUUCAUCAAAGUUUACAAGAACUUCGUGAAGAAAAAGAAGAUAGGGAUAAUACUAUUUUACUUCUGAGAGAUUGUGAAGAAGAAUUAUUGUGA